AUGAUUUCAAUCAUCCAAGAUGGGAUAUCUCAGUUGCUGGGUAUAUCGGGUCUAGACGAGGCUAAUUUAAAGAUCUUGAUAUGUACUUUGUUGUCUUUUCCAUUCAGUAUAAUUUUCAAAAGAUUGCCAGAUCAGGAUUAUACCUUGAAGAACAUUUACAACGUAGCUGUUUCUUGUUUUUAUGUAUUUGGUAUUUGUGAUUUAAGGUCUGGUAUUUCAACGCUAUUGAUCUCGGCAACAGGAUCAUACUUUAUUACAAGAUAUGUACGCACCAAAUCAAUGCCAUGGAUAAACUUUUUAUUUUUGAUGAUUCACAUGGCUUAUAGUCAUGUUCAUUUGCAAUUUUUUAAAGAAUAUGAUCCUAAGCAGAUUGAUAUAACUGGUGCUCAAAUGAUUUUGGUUAUGAAAUUGUCAGCAUUUGGUUGGAAUAUACAUGAUGGGAAACAGCCAAGACUGGCUUUGAAUGAAUUUAACAAGACAAGGGCUAUUCCUAGGCAUCCAAAUGUGUUGCCAUAUAUUGGCUAUGUAUUUUUUUAUGCUUCAUUAUUAACAGGACCAGCUUUUGAUUAUGCAGAUUAUGACAAGUUCAUCCAUGGAACAUUGUUUGAUGAUGUUCCAGAAGAGAAGAGACCUGGGAAAAACAAAAGAAGAAUACCUAGAUCCGGUGUUCAAGCAUUUAAGAAGCUUUUGUUGGGGUUCUUUUGGGCAUUCUUGUUAUUCCAAAGUGACAAGUUUGUCACUAUGGAGUAUAUGUUUACCUCUGAUUUUGUGCAUUAUCAUGGUUUGUUUUACAGAAUUAUUUACAUGUGGAUAUUAGGAUUCACAUUUCGAUUAAAAUAUUAUACAAUUUGGACAAUUGCUGAAGGAGCUUGUAUUUUGUGUGGUAUUGGAUACAAUGGCGUGGAUCCGGAAACAGGAGAGUUUAAAUGGAAUAGAGUUCAAAAUAUAGAUCCUUGGUCAUUUGAAACCGGACAGAAUGUACACGCUUGUUUGGAGGCUUGGAAUCAAAAUACUAAUAUCUGGUUGAAAAACUACGUGUAUUUGCGGGUUGCAAAACCAGGUAAGAAACCAGGAUUCAAGAGCACAAUUUUCACAUUCACUACAAGUGCAUUCUGGCACGGUACCAGACCAGGGUACUAUUUGACGUUUAUUGUUGGUGCCUUGUUGCAAACUGUUGGCAAAUUUUAUAGAAGAAACUUUAGACCUAUCUUUUUGGAAGCAGAUGGGAAGACACCCAAGCCUACCAAAAUUGUUUAUGAUUUUGUAUGCUGGGCCAAUACCCAAUUGGCAUUUGGGUUUUUUUCUCAACCAUUUGUGAUUUUGGGAUUUACAAAAUCGUUAGAAUGCUGGGCUUCUGUCUAUUAUUGGUUGUUAUGGGUCAUUGCGUUAUCAUUUUUCACUUUUAGUGGACCAUUUGCAAAACCCGUGACUAAAUUUUUCAAAUCAUUACAACCAUCGUACAGAGCACAACAACGUAAAUCAAGGGAAGAUAAAUACAAGUUGAAUAAUGAGGAGGCAAGCAUUGUCGAACAAGCUGUUGGUGCUAAAUUAGGGCAAGACUAUGAUAUCCCCACCCUUGGAUUGCCUCCGUUUGAUGUGUUUACGGAUUUUGAUCAGAAAGAAGUUGAUCAUGAUAUACAGCACUUGCGCAAGGCAUGGACAUCAUUUAGAGGGCGUAGAGGGUCUAUUAAUGAGAACGAUUUCGAAGGGUUGAAGAACGCUUAUAAUAAUUUCACCAAUGAAAUUAAUGACAUAUUUAAUACUAAAAAGGAAGAAUUCAAGAAACAAAAACUUGACAAACAGAAUUAA